CCCAGCAAAGCUCCAUCAAAUGUCCGACUUUCAAACUUAGAGGAGACUGAGGUGAAAGUACAGUGGAAUCCACUGUCCCAGCAUCACGCUCAUGGACGACUCCUUGGGUACAGAGUCUACUAUAGGGAAUACCGCACCUCCAGAUAUUAUUAUUAUUAUUAUUACGACCCGUAUUUGGGUAAGAGUGUCAACACUAGCAGUGCUGACGUUACUAUGGUGAUAUUAAAGGACCUAAAGGAAGCCAGAGCUUACCAAAUAGCAGUCGCAGCUUUUACGUCUAAAGGCGAAGGACCACGCUCAAAUUGGAUGUCCAUAAUGACAGGUAAUGCAGAUUUUUUGUAG